UGUGCUGUUUUACUAGUGAGGAUGUUGCUGACUUUCUAUCUUCUCUUCACUGGACUUCAUUCCAUUCAAGAUGUUUCUGCAGCCUGCAGUCUGGCAAAAAAAGAAGAUGGAUCCUCUAUCAAAGCUCAUGCAGGAGGGUCAGUCCUGCUGCCCUGCUACUGCACUGACCUACACAGGAAACCUGAGACAAUCACCUGGAAGAAACUCAACAGAGUGACAAAGAUAUAUGAAGAGAUAUCCAGUGGGAGUGGUCAGUACAGAAACAGAGUUCAGCUGGUUAAUGGUCACUCUCCAGGAAAUCUCUCUCUACUCAUAUCACACCUGACUGUGGAGGAUGGAGGAUUUUACAGGUGUAAUGUUGGAGUAGAUGAACACGCAGACAUCACACUCACUGUUAAAGAUGUUUCUGCAGCCUGCAGUCUGGCAAAAAAAGAAGAUGGAUCCUCUAUCAAAGCUCAUGCAGGAGGGUCAGUCCUGCUGCCCUGCUACUGCACUGACCUACACAGGAAACCUGAGACAUUCACCUGGAAGAAACUCAACAUAGUGACAAAGAUAUAUGAAGAGAUAUCCAGUGAGAGUGGUCAGUACAGGAACAGAUUUCAGCUGGUUAAUGGUCACUCUCCAGGAAAUCUCUCUCUACUCAUAUCACACCUGACUGAAGAGGAUGGAGGAGUGUACAGGUGUGAUGUUGGAUUAGAUGAACACGCAGACAUCAUGCUCACUGUUAAAGAUGUUUCUGCAGCCUGCAGUCUGGCAAAAAAAGAAGAUGGAUCCUCUAUCAAAGCUCAUGCAGGAGGGUCAGUCCUGCUGCCCUGCUACUGCACUGACCUACACAGGAAACCUGAGACAAUCACCUGGGAGAAACUCAACAGAGUGACAAAGAUAUAUGAAGAGAUAUCCAGUGAGAGCGGUCAGUACAGGAACAGAUUUCAGCUGGUUAAUGGUCACUCUCCAGGAAAUCUCUCUCUACUCAUAUCACACCUGACUGAAGAGGAUGGAGGAUUUUACAGGUGUAAUGUUGGAGUAGAUGAACACGCAGACAUCACACUCACUGUUAAAGUUUUAGACCCACCUAAAACUACAACACCUACUACAGUCCAAACCACUUCCAGCACUUCAACUGCAAGUUACCCACAACCGUCUGAUGACUGCACUCUGGCAAAAAAUGAACAUGGAUCUUCUAUCAAAGCUCGUGCAGGAGGGUCAGUCCUGCUGCCCUGCUACUGCACUGACCUACACAAAAAACCUGAGACAUUCACCUGGCAGAAACUCAACACAACCAGAAACACAUGGGAAGUGAUAUCCCCUGAGAGUGGUCAGUACAGAGACAGAGUUCAGCUGGUUACUGGUCACUCUCCAGGAAAUCUCUCUCUACUCAUAUCACACCUGAUUAAAGAGGAUGGAGGACAUUACAUCUGUGCUGUUAAAGGUUCCCAUAUAAUCAUCAAACUCACUUUACAAGUUUUAGACCCACCUAAAACUACAACACCUACUACAGUGCAAACCACUUCCAGCACUUCCACUGCAAGUUACCCACAACCGUCUGAUGACUGCACUUUGGUGAAAAAGGAAAAUGGACCCUCUAUCAAAGCUCAUGCAGGAAGGUCAGUCCUGCUGCCCUGCUACUGCACUGACCUACACAGGAAACCUGAGACAAUCAGCUGGAAGAAACUCAACACAGUGACAAACAUGUGGGAAGUGAUAUCCAGUGGGAGUGGUCAGUACAGAGACAGAGUUCAGCUGUUUAAUGGUCACUCUCCAGGAAAUCUCUCUCUGCUCAUAUCACACCUGACUGAAGAGGAUCGAGGAGUGUACAGGUGUGAUGUUGGAGGAGGUGAACACAUAGACAUCAGGCUCACUGUUGAAGGCUGCACUCUGGUGAACCAUGAAAGAGCAUUGGGUAUCACAGCUCAUACAGGAAGGUCAGUACUGCUGCCCUGCUACUGCACUGACCUACACACCACACCUGAGAGAUUCAGCUGGAAGAAAGAGAACAGACACACAAAAAGGAGAGAAAAGAUAUCCAGUGGGAGUGGUCAGUACAGAGACAGAGUUCAGCUGGUUAAUGGUCACUCUCCAGGAAAUCUCUCUCUACUCAUAUCUCACCUGACUGAAGAGGAUGGAGGAGAUUACAUCUGUGCUGUUAAAGGUUCCCAUAUAAUCAUCAAACUCACUUUACAAGUUUUAAACCCACCUAAAACUACAACACCUACAGUCCAAACCACUUCCAGCACUUCAACUGCAAGUUACCCAAAACCGUCUGAUGUCUGCACUUUGGUGAAAAAUGAAAAUGGAUCCUCUAUCAAAGCUCCUGCAGGAGGGUCAGUCCUGCUGCCCUGCUUCUGCACUGACCUACACAGCAAACCUGAGAGAUUCAGCUGGAAGAAAGAGAACAGAAAUGCAUUCACAUGGGAAGAGAUAUCCAGCGAGAGUGGUCAGUACAGAGACAGAGUUCAGCUGGUUAAUGGUCACUCUCCAGGAAAUCUCUCUCUACUCAUAUCUCACCUGACUGAAGAGGAUGGAGGACAUUACAUCUGUGCUGUUAAAGGUUCCCAUAUAAUCAUCAAACUCACUUUACAAGGCUGCACUCUGGUGAACCAUGAAAGACCAUUGCGUAUCACAGCUCAUACAGGAGGGUCAGUCCUGCUGCCCUGCUACUGCACUGACCUACACACCACACCUGAGAUAUUCAGCGGGUGGAAAUACAAGACAGUGACAAAUAUGUGGGAAGAGAUAUCCAGUGGGAGUGGUCAGUACAGAGACAGAUUUCAGCUGGUUAAUGGUCACUCUCCAGGAAAUCUCUCUCUACUCAUAUCACACCUGACUGAAGAGGAUGGAGGAGAUUACAGGUGUGAUAGUAAAGGGAGUGGAUACACAGACAUCAGGCUCACUGUUGAAGGUUAUUCCACUUUCAACACAAGUCAUGUUCUUCUGUCGAUACUGAUACCCCUGGUGCUGAUAGGAGGAGUCAUCUACUAGAGAUGCAGAGGAGGACGAGACAAGAGCAAAAAAGGAUGAAGAGAAAACAGAAAAGACAGGCCCUCAAGCCUCUGCAACUCAUCCAGAAU